AUGAGCCCCGGCGCCGCCGCCCGCGCCCCCACCGGCGCCGCCGCCGCGGCGCUGGGGCUCUUUAGCUUCCUGCUGCUGCUCCGGCCCGGACACGGGUGCCCCGCGGGCUGCGCCUGCACCGACCCGCACACCGUGGACUGCCGCGACCGCGGACUGCCCAGCGUGCCGGAUCCCUUCCCCCUGGACGUGCGCAAACUGCUGGUGGCUGGUAACCGCAUCCAGCACAUCCCCGAGGACUUCUUCAUCUUCUACGGCGACCUGGUCUACCUGGACUUCAGGAACAACUCGCUGCGCUCGCUGGAGGAGGGUACGUUCAGCGGCUCGGCCAAGCUCGCAUUCCUCGACCUCAGCUACAACAACCUGACCCAGCUGGGCGCCGGCGCCUUCCGCUCGGCCGGGAGGCUGGUCAAGCUAAGCCUGGCCAACAACAACCUGGCUGGUGUACACGAGGCCGCCUUCGAGACCCUGGAGUCGCUGCAGGUGCUGGAGCUCAACGACAACAACCUGCGCAGCCUCAACGUGGCCGCCCUGACCGCGCUCCCCGCGCUGCGCACCCUGCGCCUCGACGGGAACCCCUGGCUCUGCGACUGCGACUUCGCCCACCUCUUCUCCUGGAUCCAGGAGAACGUGUCCAAGCUUCCCAAAGGCCUGGACGAAAUCCAGUGCUCCCUGCCCAUGGAGAACAGGAGGAUAUUCCUGCACGAGCUGUCGGAGGCCAGCUUCAGUGAGUGCAAGUUCAGCCUCUCGCUCACAGACCUGUUUGUCAUCAUCUUCUCUGGCGUGGCCGUGUCCAUCGCUGCCAUCAUCUCCAGCUUCUUCCUGGCCACCGUGGUGCAGUGCUUCCAGAGGUGUGCCCCCAACAAGGACACCGAGGACGAAGAUGAGGAUGAGGACGACUGAGCCACCCCCAACCCUUCCUCACUCUCCUGAACCCCAGCCGGUGGCUCCCCUCCGAGAAGAGAGGGAAAUGCUGAA